AUGCAGCUGCACAAUUUACGUGAAAUUGCAACAGAUGAAGCUGACAAUUUACAGAGAAGUAAAAAGAAGUACAAGGGAGAAGGACAAUUUUCAAAUGAUCAAACACCUGCUCGAAGGGAGGAAUCAUGGAUGGACGAUCAAUCAAGCUUCAAAGAAAUUCUUAUGAGGCAUAAUGGGGAAUGGGAUAUUGAUGAAGAUUCAAAUGCAGGUGAGGCGAACAAGAUGUUGCUGGAUGGGGUUGCUAGAAGCGAACAAGAGGAGGUUGAUAAAACACCAGAAGUUUCACUGGAGAAUAGAGAAGACGGGAAAACAAACUUUGUUUUAUCGGAUCAGUUCAAAAGGAAGGCUUGGCAGCCAUGGAAACAGUCCCUUAUUGUUAAGCUGCUUGGGAAGAAACUUUCGAUCAUUUUUUUAAGGAAAAGAUUGGAGAAUAUGUGGGCAAGAGAUGGAAGUAUUUUUGUUACGGAUAUUGAAAAUGAUUUCUAUCUUGUCCGUUUUGAAAAGAAGUCGGAUAUGGAGAAUGUUCUGUCAGGUGGACCAUGGAUUAUAUUUGACCAUUAUUUGGCUAUAAGAUCAUGGGAACCUGAUUUCAACGUUUUCCAAUCCCCUAUAAAUAAGAUUACUGCGUGGGUGAGACUACCGGGAUUUCCUAUCAAAUAUGUGAACACCUCGUUGAUCAAGAGCGUUGGAACCUGGAUUGGCAAUUUUAUUCGGUUGGAUGCUGCAACUACCAAUCUUGCUAGGGGUAAAUUUGCAAGGAUUUGCGUAGAGGUGGACCUCACUAAGCCUUUAAAGGCGGAAUAUCUGAUUGAAGGUAGAAAGAAAAAAUCGAAUAUGAAGGCUGCAUCUUAUUUAUUAUGCAUGUGGUAA